CUUUCUGUUGGUAGCUCCGACCAGAGUGCGGAGUCGGCUCACUCACGGCGAAAUAUUAUGAUUUCAGGUGUCGAGCUUGUUAUCUUCCUCCUUCACUACAACUCAAACAACCUAUAUGACCCGGAGAAGGUUGUUGUCAUGGGGGACUGUUGCUACGUGAACCCUAUGGUGCGCAGGACUUUCCGUUUCCUUGGUGUGUAUGUCUUCGGUCUGUUCACAACAGACAUCUUUGUCAACGCAGGUCAGCUGGUCACAGGAUGUCUGGCCCCUCACUUCCUGUCUGUUUGCCAGCCCAAUUACACUGCCCUCGGCUGCCUGGACACACAGCACUUUGUCAGCCAAUCAGACGCUUGUACUGGCGACCCUGAUGACAUCAUGAGAGCCAGGAAGACCUUCCCCUCCAAAGAGGCUGCACUGAGUCUGUAUACAGCUGUUUACCUGGCAAUGUACAUCAUGUCCUGCAUCGGUUCCAGAGGAGGUCGUCUGACUGGCCCCCUUCUCAGCCUCUCAUUGGUCAGUCUGGCUUUGCUAACAGCCAUAAACAGAGUGGCCGAGUAUCGAAACCACUGGAGUGAUGUCAUUGCUGGACAAGCCAUCGGGGGAGCUAUCGCUGUCUUUCUGGUGGUGUUUGUGGUUCAGUAUUUUAGAAAGAGACCAGUGAUUUCUCAGAGUCCCUCAGAUGCCGGCACAGCUGACACUGAUGAACCACAAACGACCCACGCCAUGGAAACCAGUGACAAGUACAUCGUCACACAG